UGUGGAAUUGAAUGUUACAAUGAACUCGAAAUUUGUACCGGCGUUGGAACACAUGUGGAAGAUGCAUCACUUCCCGAACCUUCUAAAGCUUACUAUUACCUUCAUUAUGAUUAAAGUUGAUAAUGACGAUGAGAAUGACCAAGAUGAUGAAGAAGCCGAUGUUGUCGUGGUGACCCCGAAAAUCCCACAAUUUCUGACCUUGCCAAACCUGAAGUCUCUCAAGAUCGUGGUCAAAGAUCAAACUGAAAUCGGUCAGGACGACGAGAUCUCCUCGAUUUGUCGAAGACUACUCAAUUCUGCGUCUAACGUUCAACAAGUCGAAAUCGAUGCCAGUUUCAAUCCAGAUUUCACGUCUUGUGCAAAACUGAAGGUUCUUAGCUACACAUUUGUCCAAUUCUUUGACGGCUGGGUGACUCUUCGACCGGACGAAGAUUACGUCAGCAUGCGCAAAUUGGCCGGGAUGUUAGACACAUGUCGAAAUUCGUUGACCAGCUUGACGCUAUCAAGUUUUUAUGAUGCUAGGAAUUUGAUCCCUGGGACUUUCAUGCUCCCCUCAAUCCCAAACUUGAAGGUCCUCCAUAUCGAUGAACUGUACCGCUUGGGAAAUUUUCUGCAUCCCGUCAACCUUCCAAAUCUGACCCACGUCACUUUCUCUAAUUACUAUUGUCUGGAUUACAUUGUUCGAAAUUUCGAGACUCCCCAUGAACAAAUUACUUCGCUUGACGUGGGAGUCCUCUACAGCAAUUUCGACGUGGACGUCACAGCUGCGGCGAAAAUCGUCCGCCUUUUCCCAUCAGUAAAAAACUUUCGGUUGAAGUUGGACAUUUCGCGUGAUGGGAAUGACCUGCCCAACAUAACGGAAAUGUUGCAAUCCUUCGCCACGUGGGAUUUUACGUCUGCGUCGGUGGAGGUUGACAAUGAUGAGGUGUCACCUGACGUUCUUGGCGUGUUGCGAGGGGUGGCAGUCUGGGAAGAUUUGUCACGGACAGGAGUUAGCUUUAAAGUCACGGCGAGUCCCACGUUUGUGCUGGACGACUCGAUGGAGGAUAUUCUGUUAGCGUGCCGAACGCUGAAAUGGAUUAAAAUGUCUGGAUUUCGGAUGGAGGAGGAGGAGAAGGAACUGUUUCAAGAAUUUAUGGAGCUACACGCGCUCCCGAUAAGCUGGGUGGAUUAAUCCCCGGAUUCAUCAAUUAUUCAUUGCAAAUUACUCGUCUAUAUGUAAACAAAAUUUGUAGUCUGCAAAAAUUGACGUUAUUAUUCAAGCAGUUUCAUUUAUUAAUAAAACAUUGAUUUACAUAAA